GCAUAUAACAAGCUGACAUACCAUAACAUCAACAAAUAAUAAAUUGUGAUAAGAUUUCAUUGCACCAAGUUUUCAGUGAAUAUAAUAAUUGAAAUUGUAGUGAAACAGUGUUAAAAUGGAUUGUGAUGUGAAUAACUUUUUUAAUCAAAAUUAGUGGAAAGGUGCUGCUUAUUCAUACAAGUUCCAGACAGUUCACCUCGAAAAAAAUGCACGAACUACCACCACUGGCUGCUUUAUCAAGCAAAACUAUAUGCAAACCACUGAAAACAACACCAAAUCUGGCAACGACGUUAAAAAUAAUAAAUAAUUUGGACAAAGGUGAAAAUGUUGCACAAACAGCUAAUAUGUGUAAAACCGAACCAGCCAUUGUACGAGAAAUAAAAUCCAAGAGCGAUGAUAUUAAAACGAAAAUGAUGGCUGUAGGUCCUGAAAAUGUUAAAGUAGUUAAAUUAUCUCUAGAACCUAUUAUAAAUCAGAUGGAAAGCAUUUUGAUGGAAUGGAUUACUAAGAAUAAAAAUGAUGUUGAACUAGAGUAUUCGACCAUUAGAUCAAAGGCUUUAGAAAUUGUUGAAGAUCUUGCAAAAAAUAAUGAGCGAAAAAUAGGAAAUGUUUCUGUUUAUCUUCAGAGUUAUAACUUCAAUGCUAGCAGAGCUUGGUAUGAACGAUUUCUUAAAUGUCACAAUUUACAGAAAAAAUCUAGAAAAGAAUGCAUAAUAAUGAGGGAAAAAAACGUCAAAGAUUCAAUAUACUGGUCUUCAGCUCUGACUGCCUGA